AUGGCAGAAGAACAGGAAAACAUGAUGCAGCCCCCUACAUCCCGCCUACCCCGCUUGGCAACACCAACAAAGUCGGCCCCCAGUCUGCGCCCUCCGUCUGUCGUCGGCCGCCCCGCACCACUCGGUCUGGCAAUGACCGUCGCCGGCGAGAAGCGCAAGACACCAUCCUCUCCCGUAAUCCCUACUGCCAAGCGUACAGCAUCUGGACCGAGCGCCCUGGGCAAGUCGACACUCACAAAGCCGACUGCCUCCACAGCUAGAAAGGCGUCUGGAUCAGCCGCGGCGGCGCCGACCGGUCGGCGACCGGCGACCAGGUCAUCCACGGGAUCCACGGGGUCCACACCCCCAAGCAAUGCCGCCAUGAGGGCAUCAUCAAGGUCUGGUUCUGCACUGGCUACCUCGGGUCGCCGUACCGCUAGUGGCAGUUCAUCAGCCAGCUCAACUGCCACAACCACGAGGACGCGCCCAGCUGUAGCGCCGCCCACUCGAGGUGUCACUGCGUCCCGUGCUGGAAGACCUGCUCGCAAGCUUCCGAUUUCCACCACCGCUGCUGGUCCCAGCCGCCCCAAACCGGUUGCUGGGAAGAGUGGUAUUGGUACUGGCAUGGCCAGCGCCGCACAGUUCAAGAGCCACGACGGCCGUCUUGAGAAUGUCGAGAAGAUGGUGGACGGAUUUAAGGAGCUUCUGGAGCAGGAAAAGUCAAAGAUCAACUCAUUACAGACUUCCCACACCGACUUGCAAACUAUUCUCCUCAACGCCCAAAACACCGAGCGCGAGGCAAGGAAGGACCUGUCAAGUGCCUCAGAGGAGCUCUUCGUGAUGCGGGCAGCGCACGCUCGUGAGGUCGACGACCUCGAGCGCCAGAUCCAGCGCAAGGACAGGGAGAAGCGGGGGCUCGAGGAAGAGCUGGGUGAUAGCCGUGACGAGCUUGGUCGCGAGCGCGAGGUGGUCCGCGAACUGAAGCAAACUCUUGCCCAGCAAUCGACGCAGCACAUGACCCUCUCGGCACAGCUUACUGCAUCGCAGGCCCAGCUCAGUGCUCUCCAGACCGAGGUCGAGCGCGCCACUCUCGCCGUGUCGGCCAUGAAAGCUGAGCUCGAGGUCGGCAAGGAGAAGGCUUGCGAGGCUGAGAAGCGCGCCGACCAGAGUGUGGUCGAGGUCAGGGAGGAGUGUGACCGCAAGGUCGCGGCGGUCGAGGAGGAGCUUCGAGCUGCCGAGAGUAUUCGCCGCAAGCUUCACAACCAAGUGCAGGAGCUGAAGGGCAACAUCCGUGUCUUUGCUCGUGUGCGACCAGCCCUAGCCCACGAGCUCAACAACCCGGAGGGCCUUGCGGACAUUGCCUACGGCGAUGAACGUCUCGCCGAGGAGACUGGCCAGUCACAUCUCACCGUCAAGAGCCGCUCCGAGUCUGCCAUGGGCAAGGAGCGCGAGCAAGUGCAGCAGUUCCAGUUUGAUAGGGUAUUCCAGCCCAAGCACGGCCAGAAGGCGGUCUUUGAGGAGAUUUCCAUGCUUUCCCAAAGUGUCCUUGACGGUUAUAACGUUUGUAUCUUCGCCUACGGCCAGACGGGCUCGGGCAAGUCAUGGACAAUGGAAGGUGGCGAUCUCUCGGACGACCUUGGCAUGAUUCCCCGUGCCAUCGACAUGAUAUUUACGGUCAGCCGGCAGCUCAAGGACCGCGGAUGGAACUACACCAUGGAGGGGACUUUCCUUGAGGUGUACAACGAGGUGAUCAACGACCUGCUGGGCUCUGGGCAGUUUGACACCAAGAAGCACGAGAUCAAAAUUGACAAUGAUAACAAGAUGACUGUAACGGACACUGUUAGCUUGCCACUUUCGAAUACCGAGCAGGUUUCCAUGCUCCUCGAGCGCGCACGCAGUCGUCGUGCGGUGGCCGCGACGUUGAUGAACGCACGCUCGUCUCGCUCGCACUCGGUGUUUAGCCUCAAGGUCAAGGGCGUCAACCCGUUGACAGACGAGCAGUGUGAGGGCAUCCUCAACCUCGUCGACUUGGCCGGCUCAGAGCGCCUCGACUCGUCCGGCGCCGGCAGCAACAAGGACCGCCUCAAGGAGACGAUCAACAUUAACAAGUCGCUUUCUGCACUUGCGGAUGUUAUCGGUGCCCUCGGCCAAGGCCAGCAGGGAGGCCACGUCCCGUACCGCAACUCAACCUUGACCCGUCUGCUCCAGACCAGUCUCUCUGGCCAAUCCAAGACACUCAUGUUCUGCAACUUGUCACCUCUGGCUGCGCACCUGGGUGAGACAGUGUGCUCGCUGCGGUUCGCGACCAAGGUCAACACUACGCCGGCUGGAACGGCCAAGCGCAACAACGGCAAGUCCUAG